AUGCUAGUUGGGGAGGUAAGUAGAAACUUUAAUAACUGGACGGAAUAGGCAACUGUUUAUUAACUUAAUAACAUCAAGCAUCAGCUAUAUUAGUUACAUAUGGCCACAGAGCAAUAAGUUGUUUGUGUGGCAGCAUUUUUGCAUUGAUUGCAUUUGUAGGGAAUAUAAAUGGUAUGCUAAGAUAUGCCCACUACAAUCUAUCCUUACAAACCCCCUUAAUGUAUGUAGCAACAGGUUUUGAAGCCUUCUUAGUCACUUACAACUGAUUAGUUCUAUAAACUAUAGUAAAAGAGAACUUUCUUAUGUUCCACAUUGCAGAAACCAAUGCUGAGACCAUCUACUGGUUUAGUCGUUCCGACGUUCCUGGCAGCGGAUGCCGUCAACUUAAUAUCAGGGCUCUUACAGCGGGACCCAUUGAAGCGGCUGGGCUCAAGUGAAGAAGAUGCAUGUGAUGUUAUGCAUCAUUAUUUCUUUCGAAGCAUUGACUGGAUGGCUUUGCUAGAGAGAAGAAUGCAGCCCCCGUUCAUACCUGAGGAUGUUAGACUUUCAGAGGAUGGAGAUCAACAUCUAGUUCUAACUCCUCCCUCCGAGGGUUCCUUGGCCAUGGAAAAGGAGAUUGCGGAAGCCUUUAGGGACUUCGAUUAUACCGCAAUGUAG